AUGUUAGCUGAACCCCGCGUUUAUUGUUUUCAAGAUCCUGCUUUUCGAUGUGAAGAUGUCUCAUAUGCUGCUAGCUUUUCACAUAUGUUCUGCGGAGAUUUCUUAUUAAAAGAAAUCAUCGAGUCUCACGAAGAAAACAAGCAUUUAUCGAAUGAAUGUUGGCACGCAUUAUAUUGUUCUAUCCAUCAUGCAGCGCGGCUCACUGCUGAAUGUUCCAUAUACUGUAUUAAGAAAACAAAUCAAUGUGUUAUAAAUAUGACAAAAGUAUGUUCUUCAUCAUUCGCCGUAUAUCCUCAAAAGCCGGUUUUCGAUGGUCAUAUUCGUUAUGUGUACUUGACUAAUCAAACACUUAUACUGCAGUUAGUUUUCCUUCCGUUUAAGAGAGCAUGUCUCUUUGUGGUUAUGCCCAUUUUGAAUAUGAUCCAACAAUAUGCAUGUUUAGACCAAAAGAGAGCGCAUCUCCAGAUUAUUUCUGUUUUGACGAAAAUAUGUCUAGCAAUCACCCAAUUCAAUGAUUCAGUGGUUAAUUGUCUUGGAGCGCUGGAUGAACUAGCGUAUUGUCGACAGCAAAUGGGGCAAACAGAUCACAAACUGGCCACAUACAGAUGUUGGAAUGAAACAUCGUGUUCGCUGCCGAUAAUUGAAGAGAUUGAAUUUACAUGUCAUUUCGAUGGAGCAAUCGUUGAAAAUAUUAAUCCUGACGUGAUAAUCAUUAUGACUGACAUGAUUCGUGACUCUGAUUAUUUGCUACGAAAUGUCCCACUCAUUCAACACUUUGACCUAAUACAGUCAAAUGGGUAUCCAUCGCGAAUAGCUUCGUCAUCAAAAUUAGCUCAGUCUGAUGCAGUGAUAAAACCUGUAACAUCAACGGGUCAAAAUAGCCCAAAUCGUCGAAUAAGUCUUCGCGAAGCAUGGGGCUGUAAUCGUGGUAUCACAGUUAGAUAUCGUUCAAAGACUAAUAGUCGAUGCUUGUGUCCACCUAGCUAUUAUGGUACUCAAUGUCAAUUUCAAAAUCAGCGCGUCAGUUUGACAUUACAAUUCCGACCAGUUUGUUCACCUGAAUGCCAUGGGUUUUUCGCUAUAGCCGUAUCACUCAUGGACCAAAAUGGACUUGUUCAUUCCCAAGAUGUUCUAUCUUAUACACCACAAUAUGACUGUGCUAGGAAAUUCAAUUUGAAUCUUCUAUAUCAACAACGUCCGAAAAAUGAGACAAUAACAUACAGUUUGCAUAUCGAUGUUUAUAACAAAUCGACUAACUUGUUAACGUUCUACUCGAGCUGGCUUGUCCCAAUAAAAUUUGCUUUCCUGCCGGUGAAUCGUGUUGUUGCUCUGCUUACACUCCCGUUGGAACCGCCCCGAGCACACUGCGCCGUAUUCUGUGGACACGGCCAAUGUAUGACCUAUGCAAACGCACAACAUACAACUUACUGUUUAUGCGAUAGGGGUUGGUCAGGUCUCAAUUGUACAGUUGCCUACCAAUGUCGCUGUUCACUAGACUCGGUAUGUCUGGGAAUAGUCAACAAUCGAUCGACUUGCAUGUGCCCUGCGCAUAGAAUUGGACCGCGAUGUUUGUUACCGUCUGUUUGUCAAUCAAAUCCAUGUAAGAAUGGUGGUCUCUGUACUGCACAUGACACGAAUCCCUAUGAGUAUAUCUGCCGUUGCCCGAAUAAUUUUUCAGGAAAGACAUGUGAACAAACAGAUACUGGUAUUCUUAUUACAUUGAAUGAAGUUAUAAUUCCACAAGCUAUGCUAGUUUAUUUCAUUGCUGUUCGUGGAUAUGAAGAUCCAUUAUUUACAACCGUGUCAACUAAGAUACCAUAUGAUAAAGAGGAAGUUGUUUUGUACUUCUCUCAUUUAUUUCAUAUCGUCUUGAGUCAAAUACAAAAUGAUUAUUAUUUAAUUUUUUUGCAAGACAAUAAUGCAAAUGGUCUUUCCAUAGAAACGCAACUAUCACCAUCUCGUCAUUGUCCACGAGUUGACAAAUUCUUAAAAAUACGUUGGCCUCCACUACGUCGUGUGAAAUAUUAUCACAAAAUCUGUCGAGAACAUCCGCAGCUUGCCUGUUUUCAUGACGAAGACACUUUCAUGUGUCUAUGCACAAAAGAACGGCAUGCAAAUUGUUUUCAUUUUGAUUUCAAUCAAACAUCGCAUGAGUGUCGAUCGUUACAUGAUUGUCAAAACAAUGCGUCAUGCUUCCAAGAUCGACCUUGUCCAAGUCGGAUUUUGUGCAUCUGCUCCGAUUGUUAUUAUGGAAGUAAAUGUCAGUUUACUACAAAAGGCGUUGGCUUCAGUCUCGAUGUUAUUCUUGCCUAUCAAAUCCGGCCUAAUCUAUCCAUCGGUCGUCAGCCAUUUUCUGUUAAAUUCAGUCUAAUCAUCACUAUGGUUAUGUUUAUUUUAACAGUCUUAACUGGAACGCUUUCAGUGCUAACUUUCAAGAGUAAAAUAAUUCGACAAGUGGGAUGCGGAAUUUAUCUGAUCACAUCAUCGAUUCUGACCUUACUGGUUGCGAUUAUUUUCACAUUAAAAUUCGUCUUUCUUCUAACGAAAGUAAUGUUCAUGAUCCACUUCAUCGAUGUUUAG